AAUGUUGCCAAAGGAUUUAGAUGGUUACAAAAUAAAUAGAAAAAAUCAAAUUGGAAGGGGUGCAUUUGCAACAGUAUAUGAAUGUACAAAAGAAGGAAUAGAUAUGCCAUUAUGUGUUAAGGUAAUGAAUGAAAGUAAUAGAAUAGGAAAUAAGAUUAAUGUCAGAUGAUAUGUAUGAUAAAGAAGCUCUAAAAAGAGAAAUAAAAAUUUUAAAUAAUCUAAUGGCAAUAAAGCAUCCAAAUAUUAUUAAAGUUAUUGAUAUCUUCUAGAGCAAGGAUGAGAGUAUCUGUUACAUAUUUAUGGAGAGAUGUUGUCAAGGGCACAUAGAAAAAUUCAUUAAAUCAAGAGCUUAAUGUAGAUAAUACUUUUCUGCAUCUGAGAUUAUUGAUAUGGUUACAUAAAUUAUUUAAGGAUAUAGUAUAUUAUACAAAAAUUCAAUAAUUCAUAGAGAUUUGAAACCAGAAAAUUUACUUUAAGGAAAUGAUGGUAGAAUAAAAGUAUAAUAUUAAAAAUAAAUUUUAGAUAUCAGAUUUUGGAUUUAGUAAAAUUUUAGAGAAAGAAACAAGAAAUUAAUUAGUAAUUCAAUCUUAAGUCGGAACUCCUUAUUAUGCUUCUCCUUAAGUUUUAAAUGAUGGUAAAUAUUCAUCUAAAACUGAUGUAUUUAGUGUAAUUUUUAUUUAAAUUUAUUUAGUUAGGUGUUAUUGUUUACUAUUUAGUAUACUUAUAAUUACCCUUUGAUAGAAGAACUUUGUAUGAAUUGAAAAAAUAAUAAGAAUUAUUACUAAAAGGGAAGGAUAUGAUAUUUCCGGCAAUGAAAAUUGAAGGAGAAAAAUAAGAUAAGGAUAAGCUACUUUUAUUUUUAUCAAAAACUAUCACUUAUAAUGAAGAAAAUAGAAUAGAUUGGCCAGGAAUAUUUGGAAUGUUUUUAAAUCCUGAAGAAUAUAUAGAAUCAACAACUCUUGUUGAAUAAAAUUUAGAAUAGAAUGUUGUUCCAGCUGAACUUACAUCUAGCAUAUUUAAUGAUAAUACAGGAUUAAAAAGGACUUUUGAAUCAUAUAAAUAAUA